GACAAUGGCCUCCCAAGUGUGUCAGAACUACCACAAGGACUGUGAGGCUGCUGUUAACAAGCAGAUCAACCUGGAGCUCUAUUCCUCCUAUGUUUACCUCUCCAUGUUCUCUCACUUUGACCAGGAUGAUGUUGCCCUGCGUCACUUUGCUGAUUUCUUCAAGGAGCAGUCCCAUGAGGAAUGGGAACAUGCUGAGAAACUUCUGGCAUUCCAGAAUAAACGUGGAGGCCGUGUCCUCCUGCAGGACAUCAAGAAGCCAGAGCAUGAUGAGUGGGGCAGUGGUCUGGAUGCAAUGCAGACAGCUCUGCAGAUGGAGAAGGAUGUGAACCAGAGUCUGCUGGAUCUGCACAAACUCGCCUCUGGCAACACUGACCGUCAUUUCUCUUACUUUGACCGGGAUGAUGUUGCCCUGCAUCACUUUGCUCAGUUCUUCAAGGAGCAGUCCCAUGAGGAACGGGAACAUGCUGCGAGACUGAUUGCAUUCCAGAAUAAACGUGGAGGCCGAGUCCUCCUGCAGGACAUCAAGAAGCCAGAGCAGGAUGAGUGGGGCAAUGGUCUGGAGGCAAUGCAGAGAGCUCUGCAGAUGGAGAAGGAUGUGAACCAGAGUCUGCUGGAUCUGCACAAACUCGCCUCUGGCCACACGGACCCUCAUCUGUGUGACUUCCUGGAGAGGCACUACUUGGAUGAGCAAGUGAAGAUGAUCAAGAAGCUGGGAGAUCACAUCACCAACCUGAAGAGACUGGGAGCCCCUGCCAAUGGCAUGGGAGAGUACCUGUUUGACAGGCUCACACUCAGCUGA